AUGUCUACUUAUAAUUCUGGAUUUCUUGUUGCGUUACUAGUGGCAUUACUCGAAUUGGCAGCGUCAUCUGGUUCACUGGAAGUUCGCCUAAUCAGCUCGCGAUCGUGUAACGUGAAGCUUUGUGUGAAGAAGCCGCAAGCAAAACCAUUGGACAGUUGCUUACUAGAAUCCCAGCUGAUCUCCCUUCAAUCACAACAACAACGGGUCGUCUCCACACCAUUUCAUUUCCCAUUCCCGGAUACUUUCGUUCUGGUCACCGAACUGUACGAUACUCAAGGAGAAUUUCGCCACGCAAAGCAAUUCGUCAUUCAUUUCUUAUCGUCUCGCCUGUACGUGGUGAUGUUUGGCAACUUGCCGUCGGCAUUAUUAAAGGAUCAUCCUGAGCGACAACUCUCCCAAAACACCUCCAAGGAAAGAUUCGCUGUUGACAACGAAUUUACGCCAGCCGUUGGAUCUUCGGACUUCCUAGAUAUUGCCUUCCGCGCAUCUUGCCAUCCUUCAUAUUUUGGAACUGGUUGCCAACGAUACUGCAAAUCGUCGAUCAGUUACACCUGUGACUCGGAGGGGCGAAAAAUUUGCGCCGAAGGAUGGAAAGGAGAGCAGUGCGACCAGCCGAUCUGUCUUGAGGGGUGCAAGCACGGUCGCUGCGUCGAGCCAGGCAGAUGCGAAUGCGAUCAUGGUUUCUUCGGGUCAACUUGUGCUGAGUGCCGACGUAGCGAAAAUUGUCGACAUGGCACAUGUCGUGACAACCAACCGUUUACUUGUGCUUGUGAACAAGGAUGGGGUGGAAUUUACUGCGAGAGAGAUCUCGAAUACUGUGCCCGACAUCGACCGUGCAAAAGCGGAGGUGUUUGCGUAAACGGAGGCGUACGAACAGACUUCACUUGCCAAUGUCCCGAGGGAUUCGUUGGUGCAACCUGCGAGAUCGAACUACCCAGUAUCUGUGAGCAUCCCGGAAUUUGCAGAAAUGGUGGUGUAUGUACGGACGUAGAUACAAAACUAGGCAGAUGCGUGUGCGCCGACGGUUUCGAGGGACGCUACUGUGAGCGCCGGAAAAUGCUGCCAUUAUGCACAGCAACCAGUUGCAAGAAUGGUGGCUCAUGUUUUGGAGGUGCCAACUGUGCAUGUCCGCAAUGUUUCUCCGGUGCAGACUGUUCCAUAAUUGACGAAAAAUGUCUCUGGCAACGUGCUAAUGUUACGCAGGCAUCCACAGCGAGCACAAGCCGGGAUGACGUCGGCGACACGAAGAUCCUCAUGCUUAUGGCUCUUGCCUCAAUAAUGAUGUUAGCCAGUUGUGUUGUCGUCUUUUUUCUCAAGUACAAAAAGAUGAAGAGAAUUCUCCGCGAUCCAGUGACACAAAAUUCAUUGAAUGAACAUCGCCAAAUCCACGAAUUACCCAACAGAUCGAUCGAUAAUCGAUCACCGGAUGAAGUCUACAAGGUUUUCGUGAUCCCGUCGAAAAAAUCGAAAGAUGUCGACAAACCCGCGGUCGAGUAUGAGACGCGUUACGUGCUACAGCCACGUGGGCGCUACCGUACACUACCAUGCGUUGACGUUACUGCAGCCGAACCGGAAAAUCACUACGCCGAAAUCGAGUAUCGGCCGACUACGUCCAUGACGUCACCAGUGUCGUCGUCGCUAAAAGCUCUGAUCUCGCGUCUUCAACGGAACAAAAUGCCACAUUUCAUAACCGGUGACAUCGCUGAGGAGUACUGUAGUGAUGUUGUUAAUUUUCCUCCUUUUUUUGCAGACAUAUCGGUUGAGAUUUAUUCUGUGGCACUGCACCAGUUCAUUUACGAAGGAGUGUCAUCACAUAACAUCACGGUGCAACAGCGUGUUUUCUCUCCUGCAAACCUACCUAGUGUCGGUAGUGACGCUGGACGAUGCUUACUGAGGGGCGCUCUGUUUGCUGCUAUAAGGUCUUUGCUUCCAAACCAACUAAAAGAAGUUCUACUUUCUGUUCAGUUGAACCGACUCCUCCAUUAA